CACAGUACUCGCAAACGUAGUGUGACUCAGUCGGAUCUGAAGAGUCGGAUUAUAGUGACUUGUUUUUAUUAAAUGUAAAACUUUAUUGAUCGUGAAUUUUGUGCAGGAUAAAGCCAUAAUGGAGAAGAAUAAAAGCCAAUCAGUUAAGGUGGAUAACUUUUCUUCGACAAUUGGGCUCGCGGCCAAUCCAGGGUUCCAAUCUACAUUGAGCAUUGCAUCAAAAGGUCUACCUCAAGACGACAAGCCCUAUAACCCUUUUGAACAUCGAAAUGUACAACAUCCUAACACGACAUUGGGGUCGAUUCUUCAUCUCCUGAAAUCCUGUCUUGGCUCUGGUAUACUGGCGAUGCCUGCUGCGUUCAAGAAUUCUGGUCUAGUGGCUGGUGUCAUUGGUACUAUCCUAGCUGGUUUCGUCUGUACACACACUGUACAUAUUUUGGUAAAAACAUCACAGCAAAUCUGCGUUGAAGCAAAGAGGCCUUCAUUGAGUUUUGCUGAAACAUGUGGUGCUGCCUUUAUGUACGGACCCAAAAGAUUACGCUCUUGGUCCGGAGCAAUCCAAAAAUUCGUCGAUUACUCGCUCUCGGUGACAUAUUUGAGUGUUCUAUGCGUUUACGUUGUUUUUAUUGGAUCGUCACUCAAAGAAGCACUAGAUGUAUAUAUGCCCGGAUAUCAGCUAUCGAUCCAAGCCUACUGCGCUCUCAGUCUGGUUCCCCUGGUCGUGGUCUGCCAGAUCAGGAAUCUUAAGUACCUGGUUCCGUUCUCGGCUAUUGCCAACGCCCUCAUCUUCCUGGUCUUCGCGAUUACUCUGUACUACAUGUUUUUCGACCUGCCUCCUGUGUCUGAUAGAGUAAUGGUCGCUAAUGUGUCCACUUGGCCGUUGUUUUUGAGUACAGUGAUAUUCGCAAUGGAAGGGAUUGGAGUAGUAAUGCCAGUUGAGAACGAAAUGGCCAACCCUCGUCGAUUCCUCGGCUGCCCAGGUGUCUUGAACACAUCUAUGUUUAUAGUCAUAACACUUUAUGGAGUGUUUGGGUUCUUUGGCUACGUGCAAUUCGGGGAUGAGGUCAAAGGGAGUGUGACUUUGAACUUACCGCAAGAUGAAAUCAUUGCCCAAUCGGCCAAGCUAAUAAUGGCUUUUGUAAUAUACCUGACGUACGCACUGCAAUUUUACGUUCCAAUGGAGUUCAUAACUAGGAUGCUGGCGACAAGGAAAUCAAAUUCAUAUGAAAAUCUUAUCCAGAUCACGAUCAGGACUUGUCUGGUCACACUUACAGUUGCAAUUGGAGCGGCAUUUCCCAAUUUGGAAUUAGUGAUCGGUCUCGUUGGAGCAAUCUUUUUCUCAACUCUUGGGCUUUUUAUACCGGUCGCCGUCCAAACAAUUUAUCUUUGGGAGAAAGAUUUCGGAAGAUUCAACUACAUUCUGUGGAAGAACAUCAUUAUUGCCAUAAUAGCCAUUAUAGCCUUGGUUUCUGGAGCCUAUGUGUCCAUUGAUGGCAUAUUGGAAGACUUUGGCAGGCACACUGUCAUUAAUAUUGUAGAUGAAAAUUCAACUGUUACAUAAUAAGUCCAAGAAAUAUACUGGUUGACAUUUUUCCCUAGAGCUUUCUGGGAAAUAUUUCUAAGGAAAUAUAAAUUAAUGUAUCGAAUGCUAUGCUAGAGUAAGAAUGUUUCUAAUGUUUUAUUUAUUUAUGAAAACACCACUUCUUCUUCUUUUUCUCAAUCAUGUCGCUCUUGACAGAGUGGUCCUGAUCGUCAUAUAGUAAAA